AUGAUUCGAAACACAAUUGUCGCUCUUCUUGUGACCGCUGAGGCAACUCGGGGCCAGGCAUUCUCUUUAAAAAAGACAUAUGACUCUAGCAAUUUCCUGGACUCAUUCGACUUUCGAGACCGCGCUUACUAUGAUGCACUGGAUCCCAGCUACGGUGGUGAUCCAACCCACGGCUCCGUCAAUUACUUGAGCAAGAGCCAGGCAUUGAGCUCUGGCAUUGUCAACGUCAACAAUGGCAAGAUCCGUCUAGGCGUGGACUCGACUAACAAGGCAGCUCUACUCGGAUCCAGCAAGACUAAGCAUGGACGCAAUAGUGUCCGUGUCGAGUCUAAGGAAUACUAUAGUUCAGGUAUUCUGAUUGCUGAUAUUGAGCACAUGCCUGGAACUGCCUGCGGUGUCUGGCCUUCUUACUGGUCAUACAACUUUGAGGAGGAUCCUAUUGGCGAGAUCGACAUCAUCGAGGGCAUCAACGCCAACCAGGAGGCCAAUGUCGUGUCUCUCCACACUUGCGGAGCAUGUGUCUUCAACCAUCCUGGUGGUCUUGACCCUCGACCUCAAUGCAACAACGGCGGCGAUGAGUCUAACUAUUGCGACGGCGGAGAGAAUGGUGAUGGAUGCGGUAACACCAUGCCAGUCGGGUCCUACGGCAAGCCUUUCAACGCGAACCAAGGCGGAGUGUAUGCCACUUGGCUCACAACAGGAGCCCUCAAGAUCUACUGGUUCCCACGCAGCAAGAUUCCCGCCGAUAUCACGUCCGGAAACCCCAACCCAAGCAACUGGGGAUCCCCCGCCACGUCUCAGUUUGUUAAUGCGAAUGGAAACUGCGACGUUGGAAAGUACUUUAAGAAGCAGACCAUUAUUUUCAACACUGCCUUUUGCGGAGAUAAUAUUACCCCCGACCUUUGGAACGACGAGUGCAGAGGCUCGACUGGGUACAGCACCUGUGAUGACUACGUCACAAACAAUCCCCAGGCGUUCAAGGACUCCUAUUGGUCCAUCAACUCGAUUAAGCUGUACCAGUAA